CCCAUAUUGAAGGGAGCCUAUAUUACGUAGCUAACUGCAUCCACAUCACAACAAUCAGACAAUUCAGAGAAAAACAAGGAAGUGAACAGUCACGUAACUGUUAUCUCCGUUUUUAGUAUUCAAACGGUCCUGAUAGAAAAAUACAUACAACUUCAGAAUCAUCGUCUUCGACUCAGAAAACCACACACAAAUUCAGGACAAUGAACAACAAAGGUUCCUAUCCCCAGCAAGCUGUGUACCCUCAGCAGAGCAGUGCACCCAUCUACCCCCCUGCUAUGCAAGUGUCUCCCCAGGCACCCCCUUACACAGACGCACCACCUGCAUACUCCGAGAUUUAUCAGCCCAGGUAUGUGCACCCAUCUCAGGCUGGCCAGCUACAGCAAAUGGCCCAGUACCCUGGCACUCAGAUGUACAUGCAACUGCCCCAGUCCAUGGCUGUUGGACCAAUGGGCCACAACGUCCCCAUGGCAUACUACCCCAUGGGAGCCAUGUAUCCCCCUGGCUCCACUGUGCUAGUGGAGGGAGGAUAUGACGCUGGUGCUCGAUUUGGGCAAAGCAACAGUGCUUCCAUCCCGCCCCCACCUCCUGGCCACAUGCCUAAUGCAGCUCAACUGGCCGCCAUGCAGGGUGCCAACGUCAUGAUGACACAGCGCAAGAACAACUUCUUCAUGGGUGGCUCCAAUGGUGGGUACACCAUCUGGUAACCGGCAGCAUUUGCCACAACUUCUCCCCAUACUCCUCUCCCUCAUUCAAAAUGAUGACUCCCUCUCCUGUCCCAUCCGCCAACCCCUUUCGGGCUGCUUGGCCAUGCCACAAUACUGAUAUCACUUAACGGAAUGUAAUACUUUAGAGCCCCGAUAAAAGGUACAGUACUCCACUUUCGAUCCAGAGUCAAAUGUCUUAAUUACGGACUCAUAAUUUGGGCUGCUGAACCGGUUCCCUGACCUUACAAGGAUAGUGCUGCUGUCUUCAGUCAAAACACAUUUAAUAUGUUACUGGUUAUAUUUUCGUUUUGAGUGAAUGACAUCGAUCUAAACUCUUAACUGUCACCAUUUUGUACUUUAUUAUUUAUGUUUUUCAUGUUUAUUUGGACUUGGCCUCAUGUCUUCCUCACAAAGAGUGCUAACGAUCCAAGCAGUGUGUCACAUAUACUAUUUUUGAAUUAUUUUUUUGCUGUUUAAUAUGCCCAUCUAAAAUCAGUUUCUCCGGCCACCGGAUUCAUUUGAAUCAGAUAAAAUAUAGACGUGUGCUGUAGUGUAAUAGAAUACUGGUAUGUUAAACAAGAACCAAAACAAACAAGAAUGGAUUACAAAAUUAUAACCAGAUUCUUACAUGCCAUGGUGGUUUACUGUACCUUCUUGGGCAACUGUAGAUGAACAUAAUCGGGUGCCAAACAGCACCGUGACUUAAAUAAAAGAGAAUUAACUUAAAAUACUUAAGAACGGAAUUCAGUGUGAUUCCAAAUUGAGAUUUGGAUCAUCGAAAGGGUUGGUUGGCUUUACAUUUUUGCAGUUAUAUAUUUUUUUCCCUUAAGUCGGAUACCCAGAGUUGUACAUCAUUCCAGUGUUUGGUUUCGUUAAGUAAAACAGUGGCACCCACCAACCGGUUCUUAAAACACGAAAAAGCACUGACAAGUAAGCUAGAAUCACCUACUAAGAUCAGUGUGUUAUAGGAGUUUAACACUUUACUUUAACCCUUCGUUAUAAGGGCUGCAGUGUUAUGAAGUUUAAAAUAUAACCAGUUUGUUUCUUGUCCAUCUCUCGGGCUCAUCUUCAAGUGAUUUGUUUGAAUCAAUUACUAGUUACUUACUUUGUAAGUAUAACCAAGGAGCUGGUUGUACCAAAGAUAUGGUCUAGAUUGCACUACUAAAUGUUUGGUUGUGACUUAAUUAUAGUUCAAAUAUGGCACAUUUUAAAAAGGCAAACAUAUCAAACAGUGAUGAGUUUGAUGGUACUUAAGACAUUCGAUCUGCCAUUUGUUGCUGUAUUUUGUAAUGGGGUGCUUAAAUGUUGUUUAAUGUAAUUGUGACUAGGUGGUUCUGCAUGCCUUUUUGCAUUUUUGCUCUGUACAACUGAUUUUUGUGAAGAUGUAUCAUUGCUAAUUUUUAUAGAAAUACCACAAUUUAUGUGCACUUCUGGAAUUGAUAGAUUUUGCUACUUGUUUUGAGUACAAAUGCCAAUAACCUGCAAAUACAGCGCUAGGCAACUCUUUCCUGUGCAACUUAUUUAAGGAAUUAAUUUCAUUGAAAUGUACUUUCACUCCAAAAGGGUGAGGUUCAUAAAUGUUUUAGGACGGCAGCAAAUCACUUGCAUAUGGUUCCCCUUGCCCGAUUUGUUUAUUGUAGUGUUAAGCCACAUUAUUUAUGAAUAAAUAUGCAUUGCAUCAGUCGAGCUUACACAACUGUUUAUUUUCCAAUACACUUAUGUGCGCUGCUAAUUAAACUACCUUAUAACCUUAAGUAAUAAAUAUCUAACACUAGGUUUGAUCCAGUUUGUGAGAACGCCUGGAUUCAAGAAUUAGAUAUUUUGGUUUAAACAUUGUGCAAUUUAUUUUUCCUUAUGUAAUGCAACUCAUGUCUUGUAUGUUCUGAUAGAAAGUCAUGUCACUGGGUAUCCGACUUAGCCUAGAUUUGAUAGUUGUGGCCCUCAUGAAAACAGAAGUAGUCCUCACUGAAAUGUGAAUUCCAGGUUACUUUGGUCAGUUGACCAGCUGUCUGGAAACCUGUUAGCGUAGCAUGCAACCUGUUUGCACAUAAUGUAUUAUCAGACUGCAUCUGCUCUUGGUUAUACUGAUCACAUGACUAGCUACCAUUCCAAACAUGGUUGUCAUGUCACUCAUUUUGCACAGCUGUAAAUGUGUAUCCCAUUCCUAAACACAUGCUGAUGCUUCAUACUGUUGAAAAAGGGGUCACAGCUUUCAAAAUGUGAAGAAAAAAAAAACCUCAUACAAUUGUUUUGUUUCUUUCUGUCCCAGACCCGACUAUCAUGUUUGUAACGCAGCAACAAUGUACAUAUGAUGUACCGUAAUGCUUACCAGUAGAUGCCAUGCCAACCACAGCCAGUGUGGAGUAAAAGUUUCUGUUGAAGGAUUUAUGGACAUUUAUAGUUCAGGGAUUCUCUAACAUUUUUAUAAUAUGGAUAUGUAUUAAAGUGAUUUGAUGGA